AAAUCAUAAGAAAAGCAUCAGCAACAGUUCCCAUAAUAAAAGCUGAAAAGAAGAAAACAAGAUCCACCUCGAACCUCUCUCCACCCUCCUCCUCCUCCUCUCACCGAUUUUCCACCAUAACCACCACCACCACCAUCUUCAGCCUCCCUCCCUCUCUCUUUAUCGUUCUCUCUCUCCUUCUCUGUCAACGAUCAGUUGUAGAGAGUGUCUUCGAGAGUGGUGCGGGUAUACCCUUUUUAUCUUUCUGUAUGUUCGAGAAUCAAGGUUGUUUUUCUAUAAUCUAAUACAUACUUACUCGCUUUCCCUUCCUUCUUUUGUCUUCUCCCUCUUCUUUAAGCUCCUCAGUGCGAUACCCAUAUCAAUAAAUCCACUGCUCUCCACAAAUCGGUAGUUAAUUGGGUUAACUGUGAAUUGGGUUUGGUCUAAUUUUCCAACAAUAAUGAGGGAAGAGGACUCAAAUUGGUUCUCAAGAUGGGAGGAAGAGCUCCCGUCACCUGAAGAGCUCAUGCCUCUCUCUCAAACCCUAAUCACUCCUGAUCUUGCUAUAGCUUUUGACAUCCGAAACCACAACAGCAGUUCUGGCCAGCAGCAACAACCCAAUCCGCCGCCUCCGCCUCCUCCAUCGGCAACUCCUCCGCCUUCCAAUCCCUUGGCCGCUUCCCAGCCUAACUCGGCGGAAUUUGGAGCCGAUUCCGCCGAGUUGGGCUCUGGUGCUGCCGGCGACGAGCCGGCUCGGACCCUCAAGCGGCCCCGCCUUGUGUGGACCCCGCAGCUCCAUAAGCGCUUUGUCGAUGCUGUUGCACACCUUGGGAUCAAGAAUGCGGUCCCUAAGACAAUAAUGCAGUUGAUGAGUGUGGAUGGGUUGACCAGAGAGAACGUGGCGAGUCAUCUUCAGAAAUACCGUCUUUAUCUCAAGAGAAUGCAGGGAUUGUCGGGUGGUGGUGGCGGAGCAGGCGGUAAUGGUGGUGGCGGCGGUGGAGCCGGGUUAGCUGCCUCGUCGGAUCCGGCAACGGACCAUUUGUUCGCUAGCUCCCCGGUGCCACCGCAUUUCUUGCAUCCCGGUCGGCCCAAUUCGGAUCAUUUCUUGCCAUCGUUUGUGCCUGUGGCCGCACUGCAACACCACCACCACCACCAGCAGAUGGCAGCAGCGGCGGCAGCUGCGGUGGCACAUCCUCAUUUGCAGCCCCAAUACCACAGGCAAAUGGGGCAUUUUGGGUCACCACCAAAUGGGCAAUUUGAACAUUCGUUUCUGGCUAGACAGACACAGCAACCGAUUCAUAGGAUGGGAGCACCAGUUCACAAUCCAGUGCCGGGAUAUGUGGAGGAUUUGGAGUCGGCUAAUGCAAAUGGAGGGAGGAAAGUCCUUACACUCUUUCCAACUGGGGAUGAUUGAAGUUGGGUAAUUGUUGACUGCCAUUUAUCGUUUCAAUUUUCUUUUUAUGAUUCAGCUUCUGGGUCUUGUCAAAUCAGUUCUUGGUGGCACUUUUGUAGUAUUUUUAGAGUUCAGUUUAGGGUCUUGGCUGUUCUUGUUGUGUUAGUCAUUGUUGGUAGCCUCUGAUGGUAACAAUUGGGAUUGGGCUUCAGCUGAAAUCUAGUUUCAUCUACAGAUCAAGAAUUUCUGUUAUCUGAGUUGUGUUGUCUGUCCGGUCUCUUUCACCAUCUUUUUGCGAGUGACUAGGAUUGGUGGGUGGUAUGAGGUAUCUGUUAUGGUGUCCAAUUCCGCAGACUUCUACAUGGGUAAUUAAAUUGUUGGUAGCAGUCUGUCUCCUUACUGUCUGCUUCUGGUGACGGAAAUUUGAACGACAAUCAAAUUCCUAAGCUUCUUAAUGGAAGCAUUAUUGAAGCUUCAUGAUAUUGGUCAUUCUUGAUUUCCAGAAGAGUUGUUCUCCUCAUGAUAUCUCAGGAUUUGCUUGGUUAUCCUGCAAUUCAGAGUCUUCUUAGUAGUCAUCGACUCCUCACAGGAUGGCCAGAGGAAGAAACUGACUGAAGUUUGCACUUGCAGGUAAGGAUAAAUAAUAACAUUGCAAGUGCUAGAUAAGUUCAUUACAUAUCUAAAUAUGGGGUCGGAAUCCUUUGUCAGCAAAUAUAUUGAGAGUCUCAGCAAUAUCCAAUAUCUUUUCUCUGUUAGGUCUAUCUCUUCUGUUUCUUAGUUCAGUUUUAUGUAGAGUUGAGCUGUACUUUUUGUACAUUGUGUGACUCCAUAGAAGACAUUGAUCCCUCGUAUAAGGGAAACUAUUAAAGAAACCCUAAUGUUAUUAGAAUCUUAAAUCAUUUCAAUGUCCCCGAACAUUGGAGUAUCGAA